UUUUUAUUGAAAUUUAUUUGAUUAUUAUGUAAAUGUGGACUAGUUGAUAAUUAUUUGUAUAAAAGGCUUUACAUACACCUUAAAUAAAUCUAAAAAUGUAUUUGUUUGUUUUAUUUUGUGCUUUUAUCGCGUCAGGGGCUUUCUGCGCCCCCUUUGAAGACGUAACCGAGGCAACAAUGAGCGAAGAAAACAACACACAACCUGAAAUUUUAUUACAAGAGGAAGACAAUGCUGAAACAACAAACGGGAAAAAUCCUAUACAGGAGUGGUUCGAAAAUUUGGGCAAAAAUAUGUCGACCAAUACGCAAAACACGAUGAAUAACAUAAAUAAUUGGUUUACACAAUUGGCACAAAAUAAUAAUGGUGGGCAAAAUUUACCCACUAUGUAUAUGGGUUCGUUCCAAUUGGUCAAAAUGCCCAUGCCUCAAAUUAGCGACGUUGUUAAAGGAAUGGGAGAUUUGGCGACGGUGGUUCAAACUUUGAAUAAAUUGGGUGGAAAAAAAUAGUUUUUCUUUGGUUGUUUAUUGACUUAGUCGAUUAAUACUGAACUACAAUAUAUAAAUAUGGCCGAUUAGUAUAAUAAAACAGUCCCCGAGUAAA